UCUAAUUAUAGUGUCUUCUUAUAAGCACGCCGUGCGAAUACUGGCGAAGAAUGCUCCUGAUACUGAACGCCAGCAGUCACCACAUGAACAUGAGUCAGUCAGUACUUUCGCCUGAAUACGCCGCAGAGAACAUUGGUCCCCGAGCCUAUGGUACUGCUAUAACCUUCGCUAUAUUGGAUAUCACAUUCGUGAGCCUGCGGUUCAUAUCUCGAAAGGUUUCUCGACUGCAACUUGCCACGGAUGACUUCCUUAUUGUUUCUGCACUCAUCAUUUGCCUUGGGCUGAGCGCUUGUGCCAUAGUGGAGGUUGAGAUUGCCGGCGUGGGACGUCAUUUGCCAGUAGUGUUGGUCACUGACCCAGAGGCUGUGAAGAACUGGGCCAAAUGUGCCUAUGCGGUUGAGCAGUUAUACUGCGUCGCAGUCUCUCUACCCAAGCUAUCCAUUGCAGCCACAUACCUUCGGAUUUUCACAGAGAUGCCUUACCGCAUUGCGACUCUGCUGGUCUGCGGAGUCAUGAUAGCAAACGCGACUGCUGGUAUCAUCGCUUCGCUUGCUCAGUGCCAACCAUUCAGCGCACGGUGGAAUCUUCAAAUUAUGCUUCAUAAUCCCACUUCAGUGUGCAUAGAUUCAAUCCAGUAUUGGCGCUGGAUCAGCUUCCCGAACAUUGUUACGGAUGUAGCACUUUUAAUACUCCCACUCCCGGUUGUUUGGAGGCUUAAGAUGUCCACCGCGCAGAAAAUUGCGCUUUCUCUCGUUUUUGUCACUGGUAGUGUUGGAAUCAUUGCUGCUAUUGUCCGCUUCUCCUAUUUUUUCUCAAUCGAUGUCCUCACUGAUGGCACCUACGUUACAGCAAACUUGCUUGUCUGGACCAUAGUAGAGCCUGGAGUCUACUUGAUGGCUGCCUGCCUGCCGGCCAUUCGACCACUAUUCUUGGCAACAGUAUCGCAGCUAAACAGGAUAACAGGUCUUAGAAGCUAUGGUAUCACUGCUAGCACGAGCAAGGCUCGAGACAACAAGUCUGAUGAGGCUCAUAUUCAUGUGAGCAACGAGAUCCAGUUGGAAUGGAGCCAAAUAGAUGCCGAAAGCCGCUGAUACGUGUCCACCUUAACUGCCACGAGAUUCAGCUUAAAUCAGCACGUACAAAAUCAUCUCAUUUCUUUCAAUCCAUUUCUUAUAGCAUUGUACAGCUUGCUGCGACGGCGGAUGAGCGGCUCAAGCCUCAUCCUGAAGGAGAGCACGAGCGCAUGGUGGCGGACCACUGCGAGGCUGAGCCACAUCAGACAGGUAGAAUUACAAUCAUACGUUGGCACAGAUCGAGUGAAGUGAUCAGGUUGUGUAAUGUGAAUUUUCAUGGUUCAGGUUAUUUCAAGGUUUCGAAGUUU